CGAUGGCUUCGAAUUCGCAGGUUGGAAAAAUUGUGGUCGUCGUUGCACUCACAUUAUUUAUCUACUAUUUCUUUUGGGUGUCCAUAUUGCCGUUCAUGCUGAUUGAUGAUGGUAACUUAAUACACUCGUUAUUUCCACCACUUGAAUAUGCUUUCAUAUUCCCGGCAGUAUUCGGCGUGAUUUUUCUUGGUGGCACAUCGGUCUAUACACUAUAUCACCUUUGGGCAUAUAUUUGGGAGCGAAAAACUAUUUAAAAACGUGCGUCCUUAGCUGUCAAUAAUUUUACAACCUGAUACGUCAGUUAAAUCCAAGAUUCGUCGGAUCACACGAAUGCCACUAAAUUUGCAAAGAGAAAGGGAUGUAGAAAGCCUUUGCAAUGUCAAAUUUCACUACAUGCCUUGCGUUGAAUAGCCUAUUCAAUUCGGGUUUUCGCAUUAAAAAACUGUUAUUUAUCGUGCCAUUUUAUUGGUAUUAGUUAUACAGCUUUGCUACAGUGCGCGUAUUGGGUAAGUGUUUUAUUUAUUGAUUUUUGUUUAAUUUAUUUUUUCUUUUACUAAUUUUGUAUGCAUUGGGUAAAGUAAAUAUACAACGGCGCUCGAUUUCAGUUUAACAUUACGGAUGCAUAUUUAGGAUCUUCUAUAUGAAGGGUUUUCAGUGUUAUAAAGAGUGGGGCGACGUUUUCUUGUAAGUUUCUAGUACUAAAAGAUUAUAAUAGUGAUUAUAUGGUUGCAUGUAUAAUCCAUUAAAUUAAUUUUAUAUGCGUGCCUCGCGCAAAUUUUAAUAAUCGC